AUGGCGCAUCAGGAUGAAUCAGACGUAGCGUUCAUGCGACUGGCCGUCGCAGAGGCACAUCGCUCGCAGCCAUCUGAAAACGCUUAUUGUGUGGGAUGCGUUGUAGUAAGGGACGGUCUGGUGCUGAGCACCGGGUUCUCGCGCGAGCUGCCGGGCAACACUCACGCGGAGCAGGUGGCGCUACACAAGCUUAAUUUUGAGGCGCAGGGGGCCACCGUCUACACUACCAUGGAACCAUGCAGUACACGAGUAUCAGGCAACGUGCCGUGCGUGCAGAGCUGUCUUCGAGCGGGUGUCGCGCGUGUGGUAAUUGGAGUGAUGGAGCCCAAGACGUUCGUGAUCUGUAAGGGGGUGCAGCUACUGCAGGAGGCGCGUGUAGACGUGAAACUGCUUAAAGGACUCGAAGCCGACUGCCUUGCACCAAAUGCACACCUCAACCUUGUCUUCUAG